CGGAGGGUGAACGUCUCUGUAGGUUCUGUAGCUAGUGAACUUUGCCUAAUAGCAUUGGAGGGUGCGAAAACACCUCUUACAAAAACACUUUACACAAUCCAAUUUAGUCUCGACCUCUACACCUUGACAAUGCGCUUAAUUAGGCGUCGGCACUGAAAGGGGAGGGCAAGCGGCGCACUUCUGCUCUAUACUCCACGAGUUGAACGAUACGGCGAAGCCUCACCGGGUCGGGAAACAAUGGCGAGGCGAAAAGAGAAAGUCUGCUUGUGCUUAAGCAUUUUUGUCAUAUGCAUCGUUUUAAUCAUUAUCAUUUGCGCGACUCACUUUAACGAGCUGUGCGCCGACGGACUUUACAAAAACGCAGCGGUGGCGGCGGACUCGGAAACCUGCUCAAAGAUCGGGCGAGAUAUACUGCAAUUGGGAGGCUCAGCGGUAGAUGGAGCCAUUGCUACUUUACUGUGCACGUCAAUCAUAAAUCCUCAGAGUAUGGGCAUUGGUGGAGGAUCUAUAUUCACAAUACGGGAAAAAAGUGGUACAGUGAGGGUAAUCAAUGCCAGAGAGACUGUCCCAAAAGCUUUUAAAACGGACCUUCUUGCCAUGUGUCCGACCACAAUACAACCAAUGGAAGGUGCUCACUGGAUUGGUGUACCUGGUGAUAUCCGUGGCUAUGAACUAGCUCAUAAACUGUACGGCCGUUUGCCUUGGGCCAGUUUAUUUGAGCCCACUAUCAAGAUGGCUAGAGAGGGCGUCCCUAUACACUAUGUCCUCUCUCGAUUUUUGCCACUUCUCUUAAAGGAGAAGCCAGAAUCACCAUUACGCCAGUUAUUCCAGAACGAACAAGGCGAGCUACUCAAAAAAGGGGAAAUAGUGAGAUUCGAAAAACUGGCAGACACGCUUGAGAUCGUCGCAGAACAAGGAGCAGACGCUUUGUAUAUCGGAGACAUCGCCAAAGACCUUGUCAGUGAUAUACAAAGUGCAGGUGGAACAGUUUCUCUGGAGGACUUGAGGUCGUUCAGGGCAUCUGAAUUAGGUUCCUGGGAUGUAGCCGUAGGAGAGUAUGUAAUGUACUUUCCUCCACCGCCAGCGGGAGGAGCUACACUUAGCCUCAUACUCAAUACUAUGCUAGGUUUCAACCUAAACCCUGCAUCUCUGGAGGGAGACGAGAAGGUUUUAACAUUUCAGCGUUACGUGGAAACCUGCAAAUUCGCCAACGGUCUUAAGAAGUUCAUGAAAGAUCCCAAAUUUGCCUCUCAAACGGAGGCAGUUGAGAUCAGUCAGAAGCAUUUUGCGGAUAAAGUGAGAGCAAAAAUCAGCCCUGACCGCACUUAUGACGCUAGCUACUACAACGUCACUCCAUACCUGGACUCUCAUGGCACCACUCACGUGUCCGUGCUCGCUGAGGACGGUAUGGCAGUAUCCGUGACCAGCACCAUCAACCACAUAUUCGGAUCCAGAAUUUUCUCCCCCAAGACGGGCAUCCUCCUCAACAAUGAGCUUGCAGACUUCUGUGGAAAAACAGAGCAGAUUCAUGCUGGCGAGCAGCCCCCUUCCUCCAUGGCUCCAGUGAUCCUUUACUCCCCGUCUCAGAAGCACAUUGUGGUUAUAGGAGCCUCAGGUGGCAGUAUGAUCACCACCGGGGUGGCUCUGACUCUCAUGAACUUCCUGUGGUUCGGCAAGAAUCUGCAAGAUUCCAUCGACGCCCCUGUAGUGUUCGUGGACUCCAAAAACGUCCUCAGCUUUGAGCCCUUGUUUGACAAGGUUGUUCUGGAGUCACUUAACAAGACUGGGCACAAAGUCAAAGUCCCGCAGAUGUUUUAUAACGUGGUAAAUGCCGUGUCAAAGGAAAACAACUGCAUAGAGGCAGUAUCUGACUCGCGGAAACAUGGAAAAGCUGCAGGGUAUUGACCCGGAGCGCAGCUGGAGACUGCUUGGUGCGUCUGUGCCAUGUUUGGGUGAAGUAAAAUGACCAGAUGACAAACUGACAAGUAAUAACAAACACUGUCAAAAUGUGAGAUUUUGAUGUUUUACUGUGAAAAAACAUGCAAAUAUAUAUUUUCUGGUUUUUAUUGUGAAUAAGGUGUGUUGUAAAUACAUAUGUUGGUAUAUACACAGUAUUUGAAUGUUAUAUUAUAGUUUUCAACACGGCUUUAAGUUUAAAGUGCCCCUGUUGCGGGUGAUAAAAGUCCCCUACAAAGGCUGACAUGCAGGCACCUUUAUUGUUUUAUAAUAUGCAGUUAUGUUUACUUUAUUUUCUCAACGACUCUAAAAUGAUUUGUUUAACGAUUCGUUUUUCCAAACCCGUCCUUUGCCUGACUGCACUGUGCUGAUUGGUCCGAUCUCUUUUUCAUUUCAUUAUGCCUGUAGUAAUGUCUGUAGUGAAUAAGCAGUGUUUGUGAGCGCAGUUUCAUUCAUUCAUUCAAACCGCCAUUUUUACCGCUCCAAAAGCGGCACCUAGUGGCAAAAAAGGCAUUUACAUUUUCAUUAAGACCAAUGAGAAAGACCUACAAGUGGGCGGGGCUAAUGUUUCCAUUUGUAGUAAACAUGAAAUGGCUUGGGAUUCGUUUUUAAAAACGACUCAGUGAUUCGGAGUCGACUCUUUUUACGUGGUGCACUUUCAGCACUUUGCAAGACGUUUUCAUUCAACUGCAUAAAAAGUAAUUUUCAAAAAUCUGUAAUAGGGGCAUUUAAAAAAAACUGUAAACUGCCCAACCUGCUUGUAUAAUGUUUUGAUUUAUGCACAUAGCCGUCAAAGAGUGUUACAGAAGAAUAACAUUUUAAAUAAAGGCCAUUAUUUUGAA